GUCCAGGUUUUGCCGGCGCCCGCUCCCCUCCACUGAACUCCAACCCCCGCGCGCUCUAUCAGCAUCUCAUUCCUGUCUCAAUAUGUCUCAAGAUGGCGGCCAAUGCAGGAUCGAUGUUUCAAUAUUGGAAGCGCUUUGACUUACAACAACUACAGAAAGAACUCGAUGCCACCGCCACACAGCUCGCCAACAGACAGGACGAGAGCGACCAGUCCAGGAAGAAGCUCAUCGACCUUAGCCGCGAGUUCAAGAAGAACACACCCGAGGACUUUAGGAAACAAGUCGCCCCUUUGCUCAAGAGCUUCCAAGGAGAGAUCGACGCCCUCAGUAAGAGGAGUAAAGAAGCAGAGGCCGCCUUCUUAAACGUGUACAAGAAAAUAAUCGAUGUCCCAGAUCCCGUACCUGUGCUGGAGCUGGCUCAGCAGCUGCAGCUGAAGCUCCAGAGGAUGCACGACAUUGAGACGGAGAACACCAAACUUCGAGAGACACUGGAGGACUACAACAAAGAGUUUGCAGAGGUCAAAAACCAAGAGGUGACCAUCAAGGCCUUGAAGGAAAAGAUCCGCGAGUAUGAGCAGUCGCUGAAGAACCAAGCUGAGAACCUGGCACAAGAAACGCAAAUCCAGUUACACAACGACUAUGCAGAGAAAGAGAGGAAACUACAGGAGAGCCAAGAUUCCAUGUCGUCACGGUUGGAAGAGGCCGAGCACAAGUCCCAGUCCCUCCAGACAGCCCUUGAAACAACUCAGGCCGAGCUCUUUGAUUUGAAGGCAAAAUACGACGAGGAAUCCUCAGCAAAGGCCGACGAGAUUGAGAUGGUGAUGACAGACCUUGAAAGAGCCAAUCAGCGAGCUGAGGUGGCGCAAAGAGAGGCUGAGUCACUGCGGGAACAGCUGUCCUUGAGGACCCAAUCCCAGCAGGCCGGCAGCCCGUCCAGCAAGGCCAACCUCGACACGGAGCAGGCUGUGGAGGUGUCAUCCCACUCGAGCCUGGAGGCGGAGCUCAGGGCCAAAGAAAGGGAGAGUGCACAGCUGGUGGAGGACGUCCAGAGACUGCAGGCCAGCCUGACCAAACUCCGAGAGACCACCAGCACCCAGAUCACACAGCUGGAGCAGCAGCUCAGCAGCAAGGCCGCCAUUCUCAAUGAACUUGAGGAGAAGCUUCUGAAGCAAGCAGACUAUGAGGAGGUGAAGAAAGAGUUGGGUAUUCUGAAGUCAGUCGAGUUUGGAACAUCAGACUCCAUGCAGGAUUCAUCCAAACCUCUGGAGGUGCUGUUGCUAGAGAGGAACCGUAGUCUUCAAUCUGAGAGCGCCGCACUGCGCAUAGCCAACGCCGAGCUCAGUGGGCCAGCUGGGCGGAAAGGGACAGAAGAGUCAGCACCCAAGGAGGAAACCGGCGACCACGCUUCUUCGCCCCCUCCUCCCCCUCCAUCUCUUCCUUCCUCCACGCAGCCUCCCCUGUCUCGCACUCACAUGGAUACCCUCAACACUGUCCCCACAACCACCACCAGCAGCAGCGGGGAAACGCACCCCUUCACCCCCACGGGCAUUGGACAGGACUUCUACUCUCCGGUUUUCCCGCUAGUGGGUGGCAAGAUGGCUUUGAACUCAUUGAUCCAGCGACAGCUUCUGCAGACCUUCUACUCCAAAGCCUUGCAGGAGUCAUCUGGGAUCCCCAGCGGAGCUCUGCUGUUCACCCCUUUCACGCCAACUCUCAGCUCCAUCCCUACCUCCACCCCCGGCUGCGGUUCCGCCGCCAUCCCCCUGGCAGCCAGCAGCCCCCAGCCUCCCCCGGCCAGCCCGGACAUGGCCCCCGUUAAUGGGAGCAGCACCGCCGGCAGUGCCCCUUCGCCGUCCCCGAGCCACUCAGACGCCACCACAGGGAGCGUUUUGGAUGGCGAGGACAUGGAUACGGCGGAAAUCGCCCGGCAAGUGAAAGAGCAGCUGAUCAAGCACAACAUCGGUCAGCGUGUGUUCGGCCACUACGUGCUGGGCCUCUCCCAGGGCUCAGUCAGCGAGAUCCUGGCUCGACCGAAACCGUGGAACAAGCUCACCAUUCGGGGAAAGGAGCCCUUCCACAAGAUGAGGCAGUUCCUGGCUGACGAGCAGAACAUCCUGGCGCUGCGCAGCAUCCAGGGCCGGCAACGAGAGGGCUCAGGCCAGCCCCAGCUUAGCCGAGUGUUUCAGGAUGUUCCGAAGCGGAGAGCCCUCUCCAAUACAACUUCACACACAGGUAACAUCACUGCUCGCGUCCGCACUCAAGAGGCAGGUUCGGAUGAGGCCAUCAAGUCCAUUCUGGAGCAGGCCAAAAGAGAGCUGCAGGUGCAGAAAGCCGAUUUGUCGCAUGCGCAACCCUCGUACACAGGCCUGAAAGGAGGGGGCGGAAGCGGACUCGGAGGCGGAGGGGGGGGCAGCGGGUCAGACGAGGCCAUCCGCUCCAUCCUGGAGCAAGCUCGGCGGGAGAUGGAGGCCCAGCAGGCUGCGCUGGAACCUAUCCUCAAAGCUUCUUCUUCCGCAUCGUCCCUAGUGUCUCAGAGGGACCAAAUGAGUUCGCCGCUCACUGCUCCCCUCCCUCCUUACAAUCCCCUGGCUCUCUCCCUCAAGAAGCCUCCCAGCUCCCUGUUGUUGUCGCCCUCCUCCCCGUCCCCGGUGCUGGACUUCAGCUCUGGCAUCAAGAGGGAGGGCAGGCCCUCUUCGGGGAUGGACAUGUCAUCGGACGGUGCUCUCAGGCAGGGUCGGAGCUCCGAGGGCUCGAUACGCUCCGGGACUGCGGCGGGCGGGGUGGGUUACUGGAGAGAGCAGUGGUGGAGCAGCAUGCACACGGACCCCCGCAGGUCUUCAGCAGGAGAUGAAAACUACAACCAGGAAGAUUCCAAAGAGGGAAUACUGAGUGACAGUCUGUCUCGAAACAAGCCGUGGAACAAGUUGAACCAGAGGAACCGGGAGCCGUACCUGCGCAUGCAACCGUGGCUCAAUGGAGACCAGGGGCAAAACGCACACAUCCAGCAAAGUCAUAACCAAGCAGAAGGUACUCCGAAGACAUCGGCGAGCUGCAGCCCCGCUCCAGAGUCGCCGCUCAGCUCAGCCGAAGAGUCUGUCAACGGCCUCACCGGUGAUCUGUCGCAGUCGUCCGGGCUCAAGCCCCCCUCCGACGAUCCUUCGUGUGGGGACUCCCAGCCAGGCACCCCGCUGCCGGUACCUGGGCAUUCGAGUUUGAGCAUUCAGGAGAUGGUUGCAAUGUCUCCCGAGCUUGAUACUUAUGCUAUUACCAAGAAGGUGAAGGAGGUGCUGACAGACAACAACCUCGGCCAGCGUCUGUUUGGGGAGACUAUCCUGGGUCUGACACAGGGUUCUGUCUCAGACCUGCUGGCCAGGCCCAAACCGUGGCACAAGCUCAGCCUGAAGGGCAGGGAGCCCUUUGUCCGUAUGCAGCUCUGGCUCCAGGACCCGCACAGUGUGGAGAAACUCAUGGACAUGAAGCGACUGGAAAAGAAAGCCUACAUGAAGAGGAGGCUAAGCUCCUUGAGUGAUGGCCAUUCUGUAGACGGGGGCCUAGUGGGGCCGGACUAUGUGCAGGGCUCUCAGAGUCCGGGGCCGCAGCAGCAACUGAAGAAGCCGCGGGUGGUGCUAGGCCCUGAGGAGAAGGAAGCUCUGAAAAGGGCGUACCAACAGAAACCGUAUCCCUCGCCCAAGACCAUUGAGGAGCUAGCCUCCCAGCUCAACCUGAAGACCAGCACCGUUAUCAACUGGUUUCAUAAUUACAGGUCGCGUAUCCGGCGAGAACUCUUCAUUGAGGAAAUCCAGGCAGCUGGAGGGGUAGGGCCUGGCAGUGAGGGGGGCUCCCCUUCUCUCCGCGGUUCAAAAUCAGGUGAAGGGGACAGCUGUGAUGGGACCGAAUCGGAGGGCACAGUGGAGGCACGGCAGGUAUUCGGAUCAGGCCUGGAGGAUCACAGGGGGUCGUAUAAAGACCACGACAUGGAGGCCGAUUCUGAGGCGGGGGCCUCUAAUAAUUCCCCUUCCCAGAUAGACUGCAUCCCGCCGAGCUCUAGCUGCGGGCCUGGCGGACUCGGGCUCUUUAGCCUCACGGAGGCAUCCCCCGGCAGCUCCGCCUCGAGUACAAAUAUCCCGGCCUCCGGUCCGGCAAGAAACCCCAGGGACAACAAUCUGCGCAAGAAGAAAGCGGCCAACCUCAAUAACAUCAUCCACCGGCUGGAGAAGGCCGCUAGCAAAGAGGACCCCUCAGAGUGGGAAUUCUAGCCCUCCUCCACUCUGAGCAUCCUUUCGCCCCUCUUGUCUCAUAACCUCACCACCUCUAACCUUGCACCCCACCUCCUCUGUUCCCGUUGGAGAAUGGACACAGCCAAAGUCAAGCUCAGCAGCCAUUUUUACUACAUAGCUUUCCCAAAAGAGGAAAGUGACAAAGUGUGGUUGGAAAAAAAACCCUGAAAAAAAGAUUUACUGAAUACCUAGAAGAACAAAAUAACAGAGCUUAAUUGUCUCUCCUGGUGAUUUUUUUUUUUGUAUACUGAGAAAAGCACUUAACCGUCCUGCUGGCCUCUGGCCCUGCUGUACCUCCCCCGCCCCCGCCCACCCCCCUGCCCCCCCACAUCACCAGCCACUGGUGCACCAGACUGGUUAGUCCUGAGCUGGGGUUUGACCCACGGCCGGGCAGCGAGACCUGGACUGGGUAAAGACAGGCGAGGCCUGUCACAGCAGCUGUUCCAGUGAUACACACUGCUCGAUGAUAAAUAAGAGACAGGAAUUCUCAAUUUCUUCAAGGAGAUAUUUUUUCCGCUCUUCUUCUCACCUCCCAAGUGUCCACAAACCUCCCCUCACUCAGUGAGACGCCUCAUUUUUCACACUGUAGAGUGACUGUUACAAACCCUUUGCCUUUUUCACUCACUUGCGUGUGUGUGUGUGUGUCUGUGUUUGUGCGCGUGUGUGUUUUUUUUGUGUGUUUAGGGGUUGAGUCAGUGUGUGCCCGUACGAGUGUGUUGUCGCUUCUGAACGGCGGCACAUUUUGUUUUUGUAUUUCACUCCGACACACUUAAAGAGGGUAACACACCUGAGCUACCAUGGUUAUUGAUGUACGAACUUUGACCUGUUGUGUACCCCGUUCUCCCAUCUCUGUCCUGCUGACAGCCAUGUGAUGGCCAGGAGGAUAACGUAAUAAUUCCUUGCAAACACACACUCAUCUGGAAAGGAGAGAAGGAACCCUGAGGUCCUUCUUGAUGGUUGAAGGACCCACCUCAUUCUUUUUUUUUUAAUUCAUAUUGCAAUUUGGUUGCCGAUAAGAGAUUGCACAGUCUUCUGACUCUAAAGAUAACAAAAUAGGGAAUUUUAGGAAGGAAUUUAAUUAGUAAAAAAUAAGCAGACAAUAAGAGUAACAAAUUACUGUUGUUUUUUUUCUUGAAAAAAAAGAAAGAAAAUUAGGAUGGAAUAAUGUUGCAUUGUCAAAUACGAUACGAUGACUUCACGUAGUACUGUAGCCGAUACUUGUCUCUUGCUUGUAGUUGUCUUUUUUUCUCCCCCCCCCCCCCCCCCUCAUUGGUAGGUUGUGCACGUCACAGUUUUGACCCACCACUGGAUCUGUGUGUGUGCACGUGUACGCGCUCGCCACCAGCUAAUUUCCUGCUCACAAACACACAUCUUUGUAUAGGCCAAAUCAGGAAGUGUGUGUGCGUGUGCGUGUCCGUGUGCGUGUGUGUGUGUGAACACUGGCCUGCAUGUCAGUCAGGGUCGAGAUCAAUUCACUCAGAGUUCAAUUUACAAAUGUUAGGUUAUCAAGCUCCUAAUGAUAGGAUGUAUUGUUUUUGUUGUUGUGUUGGUUUGUUUGGGUUUUUUUGCAAUGUACAGUACUUUUUAGUUCAAAAGUGAGUUCACUCCAACCCUGGUAUGAGUAGUUACACUCUCUUCCAGUCUUUCUUGCAUCCAGGGACUCUUUUUGUCCACUUUCAAUUCUACUGUAUACACUACAAAUUUAAAGGCAUAUCACCUCGUCCUCUUCCCACACAAGCCCUCAGUGCCUGUCAGCCCACUGCCUCCCCUUUGUGUGUGUGGCGUGUGUACGUGUGUGCGUGUGUGUGUGUGCGUUUCCAACGAGUGUGUGGUGUUUUUGUAUUUCGUACCUACUUGCACACACUACGAGUGCACAACUGACACCCUUCUUUUUAAGCUGUUUGAUGCGUUACCAUUACAUUAAUCUUCUCACCACGUAGUUUAAUAUGAUGAUUUACUGUAGCUCGGUUUUAUUGCUUUUUCUUUUAUGGGUUGUUGUUGUUGUUCUUUUUUUUUGCAUUUAGUUUUGAUUUUUAUUCUGCUUAUUUAUAGGUGCUGUAAUUUUUCAUUUAAUGUCUUAUCAUUUGGGUUGACUAUUUUGUAAGGGAUUAUACUGUUCCUGAGGGCAAGUAACAUUUUUACUAGACGUUAUAGACUGCCGGCAGUAUUGGUUAAUAUUUACAGAGACGUACUAGUUCUCAUUUGUUUGUAUAUUCAUGAAUCCCAAAUGUUUAGUGUCAUUUCAAUACCUUUUUGAGUCAUGCUUUUGCCACAUUUCGCAUCCGCCCCUCGCCAAGCUUUUAUGAACAGCCCUAAAAUGGCAAGCUCGAGAAUCCCCCAAAACAUAUCAAAAUGAUUGACUUGCAUAUCCCUUUCUGUUUUUUACUUGACUGUCAUUUUUGCGGCCGUAUCUCGGACAAGCUCGUCUCUCGCUAGAAUUCAUUCCCCUCUUUCAUCGCUAUUAACUUGAUGAUCAGGUCCCAAGUGUAUACUUGUUGUUAAAUAGGUCAAAUGAAAUCACCCGAAGAUGAGAAUGCAUUUUGAAAAGAGGUCAUAUCUGCCAAAUUGAGAUUAGACAGGUUCUACCAGCUAGCAGGUGUCUGAGGCCACACAGAAGAGCCAGCCUAUGAUUAUGCAGAAAAUUAAUCUAUAGCAGUCCGUACAGCAAAGCACUUAUUAGGACAGGGUCUAUAAAACACUACACCGGAGUUACCAUCCCAAAGCUCCUGGGAAAUCGAUGCCUUUUAUUUGGGGAAGUGUUUGGGGAAAAAAAACAAGCACAGACUGGAACACUAAAAUGGAAACAAACGUCGGCUGUUUUUCUACAUGAUGAACUGCGUCCUUUCACAUAACUGCGUGUGACAGAACGGGAACACAGCUGGUGUAGAGAUAAUUAGUAAGCACCUGAUUUCGUUUCUAUCCGUAACCCUAUUUCCCAUUCGCCCUGUUUCCUUAAAACACACACACACACGAAUACCAUUGUUGGUAUGCUUAUGUUAAACAAAAGAAAAACCCACAACGGUCAGUGAAGCAACUGACAAAAAUGCAGUUUGUCAAGUCUUAUUCACUUUGUUACAUAAAAUAAGUGAACAUACAAAGAACACUACUGUGAAACAUAUAAGGCUUGGUCAUUUUCCGGGGCUGCUUGCUACAUCCGGCAUGGGGUGUCAUGAAUACUUUCAGUGCACAAUGAAAUCUCAAGAGAAUAAAAGGCAUUUUGGAGCAAAAUAUGCUGCACAGUUCCAGAAAGCUCGGUCUCACUUGCAAGUUGCGGCUCCUCCAACAGAAUAAAGACCAAAAAAUAUGCAGCCAAAACAUUUGACUGUAUUGGUUUUCUGAAGUAGCUUUCUGUUAGCUCUGAUCUAAACCCAAUCGAAUAUUUGUCAGGGGAGAGAGCCUGAGACGGUUAACUCGAUGUCGAGUGGGUCACAAUACGAGUCAACUGACGUUUGAGAUCUACAGAAAUACUUUGAUUGCAGCAUUUGCCUCAAAAGUUUUAAUAGCAACAAAUCAAAAAAACAUGUUGUAAUUUAUUGCUUCUAAGUCCGUUAUUUCAGUUAGCGUUGGGUUAGUUUGUUUAUUAGUUUAACAAAAAAGUACCAAGAAUUUUUCUCACUGGCUUAAAUCCACGGACAUUAUAUGGACAAACUAUUGGGACACUUCCAGGCAGUGAAACUGGGCAAUCAUGUGGAGUUAAGCAAUUUUAAAUACUGCUGAUUCACACUCAACUACACUAUAACGACUUCUGUGGGCAGCAAGCAUUAAGCUGGCAACGAAACAGGAGUUAAAAAAAUUAAUAGAUUCUCCUACCAUCUCCUAGCACCCCAAGUACAGUGGUACCUCGACUUACGAACGUCUCUUCAUAGGAAAAUUUCAAGUUACGAAACACCUCAACAGGAAAAUAUUGCCUCUUGUUACGAAAGAAAGCUGCGAGUUUCCUGAACGUAACAUACUUAUAGCUGCUCUGCCAUUGGCUAUUCCCGAGCAUCAACCUGGCAUCCCAUUGGCUAAGAUGGACCUGUAGCAUAUGUGUCUAUUUGUUUCGAUAGAUAGAUAGAUAGAUAGAUAGAUAUGUGCCUAUGCAGCCUCCUGGUUAUUCGCCCCUUGAGCCAUGAGAUAUUCCAAUAGUUUGACGUAAAUGUGAAUCACCCAGAAAAAGUGUUCAUCAGUCGGGCGAUCGCUUACUAUGCUGAUGUUUACCUUGUACAUUUUCGAAGGACUGUUAUAAGCCGACAAAAGCAGACGUCCUUUGCUCAGUUCUUUACAAAACGCCGGGCAAAAGCCACUUCUAAGAGGGAACAUGAACUAAAGAGGGCACACAACGAUGAGGACGCAGUUAAAAGUUAAAUGACCCAUCAUUUUUAUUCUUUGUUUUUUACAUUAUGCACAACUCUCAUUUAUUGUUGAAUAAUCUAAUUGUAACAAGUAUUGGUUACAUAUUUUGAUGCGUUUCUAUGCUUUAGAAAACAUUUAUGUCUGAAUUUUGAGGGAACUUGGAACGGAUUAGGGCAUUUGCAUGGAAAACGCGUCUCUACUUACAAGAUUUUCUACUUAAGAAAUUUCUUCCAGAACCAAUUAAUUUCGUAAGUAAAGGUACCACCGUAGUGGCCAUAAAACACUUAAUACUUAACACCUCCCUCAAAUAGACACAUUUUUUCCAACAGUGUAAUUGUUAAUAGAUGCUAUUGCUUACUCUGUUACGAAUCAAAACAGCAACACCUACCAAGGCAUGUAAACAGUCUCUUAGAUGGAUUAAAGAGUGGAGUCUUAACAAUAAGCAUCAUUAAAAAAAAUCAUAAUGAAGGAACUUUUUGUUAUGAAAUUAAUAUACGCUAUUAUGGGACGAUCGUGUUUUUAUCGACAAUGAACCUUAAAAUAGAUCAGUGAGUUAUGUUCCAUGCCCUCGUCGCAACUGCUUAAAAUCUGUGAUUUGUCGAGAUUAUGAUGAGAAAUGAUUUGUUGUACACUGUAAAAAAAAAAUACAAUUUGUGUUUAUUGGGCCUCAAACAGUCAUCUAAGUUGGAACAACUUGAUAAUAUAAAUUUUGGAGACUGCAACAAUGUUAGUUAGCGCAACAAAGCAAACAUGCAAACAAAUUUGCUGAGUUGUUUUUUCCGAAAAUCUUUUAAGUUGGGGGACGACGAUGCAUGGGACAGUAAACUGUAGACUCUUAUUUCUUUGUGGAAAAUGCAGGAAAGCCAAAUUUCACAUUAGCAAAACUUCAAAUACGUUUUUGAAUUUCCCAACUUCAAAUUUUUGAUCAAGUUUGUUGCCCUGAAUUGUUUAAUUUUUACUUUUUUUUUUGUAAAGCAAUAUAGUCGAUUUUUUUUAAAGAACUCAAUUAAAAUUUAAUCUGUCUUGAGUCAAGACCAACCACUGAAAGGUUCCAAGAAUAAUCAAUUCUGCCAUGUGUCUCACUACUUUUGUCCAUAUAGUCAAUCCUGGUCAAAUGCACUGCAUUUAAAUCAAGAUGUUCCCGUCUUGGGUGGGGUGGGGAAACUCCCUCAAACUCUCUCUUCCCACGGACGCCAGGUGUCAAACAUCCGUGUCCCGUCAGAGCGGCUUCGGGCCCGUGACCGCACAGCACGUCUCGUAUCUCUACUGUAACCUUUAUACGAAGCACUUAACCCAUUUCAGCCAUCUCUUUGCCACCCCCGCCCCCCUUCCAAAAAUCACAUCAGAUCAUCAGAUUUGUGCCUUUAACUGCCAAGCAGGGCACCGAAACGUUGUGAUGUCGUCAGACGUGUACGUGUGAUCCGUGUCAUCUCUGAUCCACAUCGACACCCCCCCCCCCCCCCACCUGUAUUUCUCUCCUGGAGAGGGUUGCUGGAAAAAGUAGAUGAGCUUGUGUUUUUGUUAACGACUGACCCAUUGGGGGCUUUAUCAGACAGUUAACCACCCCCCACGUCCCCCACCACACCUCACCCUGACGUUGUACAUACCUAACAAGCAGAAUGAAGGAGGAAGCACGCCGAAAAACAGCUGACACUGUAAUAACACUGAAUUUAUUCAUAGGGCAUUAUGUUUUUCUUUUGUUGGAUAUGUCUUCUCCUUCUGUUCCGUGUCAGGUUCGCUGUGACGUCACUGCAGGUAUUGAGAUGACGUGUGCCAACUAUUUUGAGGGAGGAUAAGAAAUUGUAAAUAGGAGUCGGGGUCAAGUAGCUACGGCGUCACUUAGUGUCACAGAGUGCUUUUUGUUUGGAAGGCAAGACAAGAGAAGGGACGAUUCAGGACUUUUUCCAUGAUCCACAGAUAUUUUUCUACAAAUUUAAAGAUCCAGAUGAUUCUAUACACUGUUGAAUAACAUUGUAAAGGUGUAACAGAUGCUGUAUAUCAUAUCAUGUUUUCUGAAGUCGUAAAGCUUUACUGUAUGAUCUGUUUUGAAGUAGUGCUUAUUCUUUUUUUUUUCUUUUUUUUUUUUUAUGUUAUUGUGAUGGAAGCCUGGACAGCAGCACUGGUCACCCUAUUCAGGAAAAACUAAAAAAAAAAAAAACAAAAAGAAAAAAAGAGACAGAAAGAAAAACCUCAAGAUGUUUUUGUAAUAAUAUUAAUACUUUUAGAAUAUAUCUUAUGAAGUGGGUUUUUGUAAGGAAUCACUUUUUUCCUCCCCCCCCCCCCCCCUUUACGCAGCGGUGCUGUACGCAUAGCACACACGGUAGUCGUUAUACACCUAAAUACAGCACAAUACACAUCUUCUUCACAUUGCUUGUGUGUGUCCUUUUAAUUUAGUUCGGUCAUUUCCUCGCUCUGUUUCCAAGUUCAGCAUUUCAAUGUAACACACACGCACACACACAAAAGAGGAAGCAAAAAGCCAAAUAGUGAUGUAGUUGCCCACCUUUAUUUGCUCCAUUCAUGUCUCUCUUCAUCCCCUCCUGUAGCUUCCUCUACAUUUUAGACUGACAACCAAAUGACCCGGGGAGAGAUCUUCAGCCCUCCCUUACAACUUUGGAAAGCUUUAAGAUGCUUGUUGAGGCUUUAUGUUAUGUUUCUUCUUUUUUAUAUAUACACCCUAUCAUCAACAACGUGGAAGUAAUAACGCUUUUCCCCACUGCUUAGAGUGUGUGUGCUGUGCAUGACUGUAAAAGGGACGGUUCACCUCCCCCCUCCAACCCCCAUUUCUCAGCACUUCCGUCACUCCCGAGAUGCUAUUUUCCUCCAUUUUUUUUCAUUUGUUUCUUCAUGUAUCAUCGCUUUCUUUAUAUCUUUCUAUUUACUAAACGUAUCAUGUUUGUUCUCAGCACUGUAAGACAGCCCCCCCUUCUACAACAUUGAAAAGCAAUAUCACUGUAUGAAACGUUCACAAUGUAUUUGUUAUGAUUGACAUUUGAUUCAUUCAUCAUUAUUAUUAUUAUUCACAUGCACCCUAGGUGUGAUAAUUGAAGUAAAUCUCUUUUAUACAAAUA